AAUCCCCAAGCCUGGAAAUCUCUUGCCCACCAUCAUCUUCGCAACCACACAUCGUCCAUUUGCAUAGAUACCCGUUCUAGUUGCACCAUCCUUUACAAUUAAUUGCAGUCAUCGCAGUCAUCGCAGUCAUUGCUUGCUUGCAGCGUCGUUGUUCUUGCUCGUUUGCCAACGCAUAAUUCACCCACGUUUUCGCGCAUAUCCCUUGCGCUCUACUUCGACCAGAGGACAAUCAUAUUGCGAAAAGAAUCAUAUCGAACAAGAACUUCAAUCACGAAGUCUUCACACUCUUCCUCCCCCAUCACUCUGCGCAAGCAGCUGUGAUAUCCUUCUGCGACUGCCAAAAUGGCAACCACAUUACGAUCAACCACUCCUCCUCCUCCUUCCCAACAAGCACGAACACCACAAACACCAAGAUGGGGUGCAAAGGGCGACGACUAUCAACCGUAUUCACCUCGAAAGUCAGCACGCCUAUCCCAGUUAUCCCAUGGUACAACUCCGCCUCCUCAUCAAUCAUCUCGCAACACCAUCCACUCCUCAACACCAUCCAAAUCUACUUCUAGCUUGACCUCUACCCCUUCCUCCCCGCAGACCGCAAAGAAGCGCGCUCCGAGACAAUCCCUUCCCGAGAUGGGCGGACGACGUGUGUCUGGUGCGUUGACAAAGGAUUCUGCCAUUGAAGCUGCAUCUGCGCUUGGUUUACCAGCUCCCAGAGAUAAUGACAAGAUGAUUGCGCAGCAAUCUACCACAGUUUUUCGCAAUAACGGCAUGCUUCCGACACCGGCGAAGACCCCGAAGAAGCGUCCAGAAAAGAUCUCCCCUGCUGUCACUUCAGUUGCCCGUAAUCUAUUCGCUAUUCGCCCUAGCUCUGAUGAGAUCAUGCCUUCUCCAAGAAAAGGCCGGAAGCAUUACACUGGCUUCACAUUGGAUAGCUUCGAGGCCGAGGAGGAGCAAACACCUAUUCAAAUCUAUACCGAUUCCAACGAUAGAGUCCCCGAGGUCGACAAUAAUGCUGAUAAUCCAUUCUACGGUCAAGGUGCUUCUGUCCCAUCUGAACCAACGAAGCGCUCCAGCAAGCGUCGGAAGAUUAUGGUAGCUGGUGAAGGUGAACAAGAUAUUGAGGAUUUGGAGAAGCGUGAGGAUGGCCUGGUAUACGUCUUUCGAGGCAAGAAGAUGUUCCGCAAGUUUGCUGUCGACUCCGACACCGAGGAUGGUACUGUGUCUCCUGAACUUCCCCGAUCGAUGAGAUCCGCCGUGAAGCCAAAGCUCCUCUUCACUGAAGAGCGUGCUCAAGCUGCUGAGGCCAAAUCUCACAACACCGAGGAUGAAGAGGCGGAUACGGAUAUUGAGGACCGUGACGAGAUCACCACCCCUACUGCCCAAGCUCACGACAUUACUGCUACCCCCAAGGCUCCGAAAUUCGCGCCAUAUACCCCACCAACUACCGUCCGAGCUACUCGAUCGAAGAAAGUGUAUAUGACCAGCUCUCCCGCUGGCCCAGGUAGUGAUGAUGAGAUGGCCAACGACGUCGUCCCUACAACGCCAAUGUUUCGAGCUUCUCAAUUGGGCAGAGCUGGGCUUUUCGAUGAAUGGUCUCAUGCUGGUUCAACAAGCAGAGAGUCUAAGAAGAGAGGCACCGAAGCUAUGGGCAGUCCUAGCAGAAGUGCGAAGAAGCCUCGUGCAUAAAGCAAUCUAGGGUGUGAUGGUUUGGAGGAAUUAUGAAUUGUAUUACUUGAAAGUUCUGUCGCUACUUUUAAGAGCACGGACUACUUAUUGCUUCUUUCUGCGACGGUCUCGGAAUGGGAUGACCAAAAUAUUAUGCUCGACCGGCGAGUCUGCAUUGGCAUUGGAGAUUUUCUUCCGUGCAACUUACUCUCGUUGAGACGAGGUGUGAUUCUGGUUGGCAUGCAUCUUAAGGGGGAUGGACAACCUCGAUGCUGCUACCUAGACUGUUGAGAUACUGUAGCUGCCUGGUAUUUUGCGAUAAUGGACACUUUAUAAACUUCUACUGGCAUGUGAUGAUAUGACUUCUUGCCUGUGUGAGACUGUGGUACGUUGUUUGAGGAAACGUUGAGUCUGUUGCCAGCUCUAUUUCUGUCACGACAUUGAGGUAAGUGCCGGCUUCCAACGCAAAACUCUUGUUUGGAUAUUUUCGGUG